AUGGAUUAAAGAAUCUAAUAGUUGGAACAAUGCAUUUUGCAAUUGCAAUUCUAAAUCCUAAUUAAUAAUAUACAAGUACCCAAUGAGACAAUCCCAGAAUACUUGAGAAUUAUUGAAGUCCCAGCAUUUGUUAAAGCAAAAUUAAAAUCCAUUAGGUUCAAUCCUUAAUAUGAAGCCAAAGAUGCUAUCUUCAAAAAUGCUACGAAUAUUGGAAUCAAUCGAGUUUAUUAAGGAUAUUGGUAAAAUGAGAAGUAGAAUGGAAGAGGUUAAGAAUUUAAUGAUUAGGAAAAAAAAUUCUUUUAUGGCUAUUGGUAAAAUGGAGUCUUUGUUUAAGGUUUAAUUAUAACUGAAAACUUUUUAUUUGAAGGAGAUGCUAAGGACGAACAAUUUUUGGAAGGGGUUCUUGUUUUUUCUGAUAAAAGAGUUUUUAAGGGUAAGUUUGUGCAAUAAGCACUAAAUGAUGAUGAGGGAGAGUAUCUUAGUAAGACAGAAAAAUACAAGGGAGGAUUUAAAAAUGGAAUGAAGCAUGGGAAGGGAAAAUUAGAAAAUGAGAAUUUUACAUAUGAAGGAGCAUUUGUCAAUGAUAAGAUUUGUGGUUAAGGAAUAUUGAUAGAAAAGGCAAAUGGGUGGAGACAAGAGGGUUUGUUCAAUGAUGGCAAAUUGAAUGGUAAGGGUGUGUACAUUAGAAGUUUGGGAGAUUAUUAUGAAGGGGAUUUCAAAGAAGGUUAGAGACAUGGCAAAGGCACUUUGAAGAGAGAUGGAAUAAUAUACCAAGGAAAUUACAUUGAAGGAUUGUUGGAUGGAUGGGUGUAGAUGACUUAGGAGAAGAGGAUCUUCAAAUGUUUUUUUGAGAAGGGAGAAGAAGAUAAAAAUAAAAGAUCAUUGGUUUAAUGA